CGACGAGUCACCCGCUCUUGUCUCCCUCGCAUCGCGACCCAUACGCCUCAAUCGGGAUUCAAAAGGGCAAGCUUGCCAGCGGAACGGUGCCUUUUACGCAUUGAUCCGCCUGCAACACCGCUGCGAUGCCUGCCAACAUGGCUGCCACCCUCGCUGGCCGAGCUCCGGCUCUGCUCCGACACGGACGUCGCGUUCCCCAGGCCCUGCCGGUCCGGUCGUUCUCUUCCGCCACUCUCGCCGCGCGCGGUCGCUUCUUCAUGGCUCCAAGCAAGCCCGUACAGUCGAAGCGCAUCGGAACAAUCUCCAUUGCCCGCGCCUACAGCUCUGCCGCCACCCAGCAGGCCCCGAACCCCAAGGCCUAUCUCGAUAGCGGGGUCAUCAAGCCUCACCAAACUGUCGAUGUCAAGAAGGUCCUUGUCAUUGGCAGUGGUGGCCUUGCCAUUGGCCAAGCCGGAGAGUUCGACUACUCAGGAUCCCAGGCCCUGAAGGCUCUCAAGGAAGCUGGUGUCGCCUCUGUUCUCAUUAACCCCAACAUCGCUACCAUCCAGACCAACCACAGCCUCGCUGACGAGGUUUACUACCUCCCUGUCACCCCCGAGUAUGUCACCUAUGUCAUUGAGAAGGAGAAGCCCGAUGGCAUCUUCCUGUCCUUCGGUGGCCAGACUGCCCUCAACCUCGGCGUUGAGAUGCAGCGAUUGGGCCUUUUCGAGAAGUACGGUGUCAAGGUCCUGGGUACGAGCGUCAGGACCCUGGAGCUCUCCGAGGAUCGCGACCUGUUUGCCAAGGCCCUCGAGGAGAUCGAAAUCCCCAUCGCCAAGUCCAUUGCCGUGGGCACCAUCGAGGAGGCUCUCAGUGCCGCCGACAAGAUCGGAUAUCCUAUUAUUGUCCGUGCCGCCUAUGCCCUCGGUGGCCUUGGAUCCGGUUUCGCCAACAACGAGGAAGAGCUUCGCAACAUGGCCGCCCGGUCUCUCACCCUUUCCCCCCAGAUCCUUGUCGAGAAGUCUCUCAAGGGCUGGAAGGAAGUCGAGUACGAGGUUGUCCGUGAUGCCAACAACAACUGCAUCACUGUCUGCAACAUGGAGAACUUUGACCCCCUGGGAAUCCACACUGGUGACUCCAUUGUCGUGGCUCCCAGUCAGACUCUGAGUGACGAGGAGUACCACAUGCUCCGAACCGCUGCCAUCAAGAUCGUCCGACAUCUCGGUGUGGUUGGCGAGUGCAACGUUCAAUAUGCUCUCCAGCCCGAUGGCCUUGAUUACCGUGUUAUCGAGGUCAACGCCCGUCUCUCCCGAUCAUCGGCCCUGGCCUCCAAGGCCACCGGCUACCCCUUGGCCUACACUGCUGCCAAGAUUGGUCUGGGACACACCCUCCCCGAGUUGCCUAAUGCUGUUACCAAGACCACCACUGCCAACUUCGAGCCCUCCCUGGAUUACAUCGUCACUAAAAUUCCUCGAUGGGACUUGUCCAAGUUCCAGCACGUCAAGCGUGACAUUGGCAGCGCCAUGAAGUCGGUUGGUGAAGUCAUGGCCAUUGGUCGUACUUUCGAGGAGUCUUUCCAAAAGGCUAUCCGUCAGGUCGAUCCCAGGUUUGUUGGAUUCCAAGGCGAUAAGUUCGAUGAUCUCGACUUUGAGCUGCAAAACCCUACCGACCGCCGAUGGCUCGCUGUUGGCCAGGCCAUGAUCCACGAGAACUACUCUGUUGAGAAGGUCCAUGAAUUGACCAAGAUCGACAAGUGGUUCCUUUACAAGCUGCAGAACAUUGUCGACUGCAAGCGGGAGCUGGAGGCUGCUGACGGCCUUGAGUCCCUGAAGAAGGACCAGGUCAUGAAGGCCAAGAAGUUGGGCUUCUCCGACCGACAGAUUGCCAAUGCUACCAAGACCACCGAGGAUGAGGCUCGUGCCUACCGAUUGAGUUUGGGCAUCCGACCCUGGGUCAAGAAGAUUGAUACCCUGGCCGCUGAGUUCCCUGCUGACACCAACUACCUCUACACUACCUACAACGGCUCCUCCCACGAUGUCACCUUUGAGGAUAAGGGUACCGUUAUUCUCGGCAGUGGCGUGUACCGAAUUGGUAGCUCCGUCGAGUUUGAUUGGUGUGCUGUCAGUGCUACCCAGGCUCUCCGAGAAAUGGGCGAGAAGACUGUCAUGAUUAACACGUACAGCACUGAUUUCGAUACUGCUGAUAAGUUGUACUUUGAGGAACUGAGCUACGAGCGAGUUAUGGAUAUCUAUGAGCUCGAGAAUGCUUCUGGUGUCGUUGUCUCUGUCGGUGGCCAGCUGCCCCAGAACAUCGCUCUCCGACUUCAGGAGACCGGCGGUGCCAAUGUCCUGGGAACCGACCCCCGGGAUAUUGACAAGGCCGAGGAUCGCCAGAAGUUCUCUGAGAUUCUCGACAGCAUCGGCAUUGACCAGCCGGCGUGGAAGGAGCUGACCUCCGUCAAGGCCGCCGAGGACUUUGCCGAUGAGGUUGGGUACCCCGUUCUGGUCCGUCCCAGCUACGUCUUGUCUGGUGCCGCCAUGACCGUCAUUCAGAGCAAGGAGGAUCUCAAGGACAAGCUCGAGGCUGCCAGCAACGUUUCACCCGACCACCCCGUCGUCAUCAGCAAGUUCAUUGAGGGCGCUCAGGAGAUUGAUGUUGAUGGUGUUGCCUCCAAGGGCAAUCUGGUUAUUCACGCUGUUAGCGAGCACGUUGAGCCGGCUGGUGUUCACUCUGGUGAUGCCACCCUUGUCCUCCCCCCUGCCAACCUAGACCAGACCACCAUGGACCGUGUCAAGGAUAUCGCCGAGAGGGUUGCCAGCGCGUGGAAGAUCACCGGACCCUUCAAUAUGCAGAUCAUCAAGGCCGAAAACCCCGAGGGUGGCGAGCCCCUCUUGAAGGUCAUUGAGUGCAACCUCCGUGCCUCUCGAUCUUUCCCCUUCGCCAGCAAGGUCCUUGGUACCAACUUCAUCGACGUCGCCACCAAGGCUCUCGUUGGCAAGGGUGUUCCCGAGCCCACUGACCUCAUGGCUGUCAAGCGUGACUACGUCGCUACCAAGGUCCCCCAGUUCUCCUGGACCCGACUGGCUGGCGCUGACCCCUUCCUGGGUGUUGAGAUGUCCUCUACUGGUGAGAUUGCUUGCUUCGGCAAGGAUCUGAUCGAGGCCUACUGGACUUCCCUCCAGUCCACCAUGAACUUCCGCAUGCCCGAGCCUGGUGAGGGUCUCCUCUUCGGUGGUGAUGUUAGCAAGCCCUGGCUCACCCAGGUUGUCGAUUACGUCUCCCCUCUCGGAUACAAGCUGUACGCUGCCACUCCUGAGGUCAAGGCGUUCAUUGAGUCAAGCUCCAAGCACCAGGUCGAGGUCGAGGUGAUUGAGUUCCCCGUGGAGAACAAGCAAGCUCUCCGAAAAGUGUUCCAAAAGUACGACAUCCGCGGUGCCUUCAACCUGGCCCAGGCCCGUGCCAAGACCACUGUUGAUGUUGACUACGUCAUGCGCCGAAAUGCCGUCGACUUUGGCGUCCCUCUGUUCAUGGAGCCCCAGACUGCUAUCCUCUUCGCUCAAUGCAUGAGCGAGAAGCUGCCCCGCUCUGAGGGCAUCCCCUCCGAGGUCCGCCAGUGGUCCGACUUCAUCGGCGGCAAGCCGCUGUAAAUCUUCUAUCUACGAGAGAAAAAAAUGGCGUUUUGGUUCUAGAAUUUGUAAAAGUAAAAAAAAGACCAAAUACAGUAGGUUAGGGAGUAAUACUUUUAUUCCAUAGUCUUAUUUAUCCCUUAGUCUUACUCUCCCGUAACGAACAUUUGUCGUUUUGCAGCCACAGAACCAGAUAGGAAGAGAGCAAUUUCCCGAUACCAGAAGGACGGCAUCAAGAUGUGGAAUCGUAGAAUCCUAAACGACAAUCCUAAUCGAAACUAAAUACGAUGGCCUAAUCAAUCCUAAACUAAACUAAAUAUGAAGGCCUAAUCAAUCUUAACCUGAACUAAAUACGAAGGCCUAACCCUGAUAAGUGCGACCAAGAGUCCUCCUACCUUGCCAGGUUCUCUCCGGCUUGUUCAACAAACCAACAAAGGAUUGACGCACGGACCACCCAACCUUGCGCGACCAAC